CGGCCAUACUGGCCCCAACGGACCCGGGAUCUGGGGCUGCGGCGCUGCGGCCUCGUGGGCAGACCGGAGCAUGGACAGCCUCUUCGUGGAGGAGGUGGCGGCCUCCCUGGUCAGGGAGUUCCUCAGCAGGAAGGGCUUAAAGAAGACGUGUGUGACCAUGGACCAGGAACGCCCACGCUCUGAUCUCAGCAUAAGCAGCAGAAGCCAUCUCCGGAAGGUUUUGCAUCUUGAAAUUCUCUACAAGGAGAACAGGGCAAAGGGAAAUCCUCUAAAAACAAACCUUGAACUCAUCACCAGAUAUUUUCUGGAUCACUUUGGAAAUACUGGUAACAAUUUUACUCAAGAAACACCAAUCCCUGCACUCUCAAUACCAAAGAAAAGUAACAAAUUACCAUUGAGAUGCUCAGAGACCACGCUGGUAAAUAUAUAUGACCUUGCAAGUGAAGAUGCGAGUUGGAGAACAUCAUUGUCAGAAACAAGCAAAGCCAGACACGACCAUCUUAACGGGGAUGUACUUGGUAAUUUUGCAUCAUCCAAAAGGGCCUCCCACAAAAGUAAGCCCUUGCAGACUGUCCCAGGUGAAAGCCCUCCUGAGGCUCCUGCUUGGGAGAAGACGGACAAGCUUCAGUCAUCAGAGCCUUCCUUGGACACGAAGAGGAUGGGAGAGAAGAUCAGGCCGAAGUCUGGCCUCAUUGUCCGAGGCAUGAUGGCCGGGCCCAUCGCCAGCUCCCCACAGGAUUCCCUCCGCAGACGCUCGCUGAGGCAGUCCCCGGCCUUGAGCAGCACGACCCAACCCCACGAGGAGGGGAGCCUACAAGCGCCCGAGCUGUCUGCUCACACCCCAGCCUGUCCCCCGCCUGUCCCGCAGGAGGGCCCGGCUUCCAGCACCUCCUCCACCCCCAGGAGCACCCUGGGCCUGCUCAGCCCCCUGACCUUGGAAAAGUGGAGAGCCUCGCCCAGCAGCCCUCCUCCCCUGCCAGGCAAAGGGCUUCCCCAGAGCGGGAGCGGCCGGUGGAGAGACCUUUCAGAGGACAGCCCAGCCGUGGACAGUGGCCUAGAGGCCGACAGGACCGCCUUGAAUUUCUCCUUGUCCAGUGGGAAUGCCUCGACGACCCAGGAGAGGCUGGAAAGAGUGUUCAAACGGCAGGGGAGCCAGCCCCCGGCCCUCAGGAGUAAUCAGUUGCCAGCAUCCAAUAAGGUCGACGGUGAGCUCGGUGUGCUGCAGCUUGAGGAUGUGGAGGAUGAACAGCUAAGGGAAGAAGUCAUCCUGUCUCCAGUGCCAUCGAUACUCAAGCUGCAAGUAGAGUCAAAGCCCAUCGACCUCUCAGUGGCAAAGGACAUAAAGACCAUUCUGUUUGGUUCCAGCUUUUGCUGUUUCAACGAAGAAUGGAAACUUCAGAAUUUUUCCUUUAACGACUCAGCAUCAUUAAAAUAUGGCAUCGUGCAGAACAAGGGUGGUCCCUGUGGGGUUCUGGCAGCUGUCCAAGGCUGUGUCCUACAGAAACUCCUGUUUGAAGGAGAUAGCAGAGCUGACUGUGCUCGGCAGCUGCAGCCUUCAAACGCUCGUAGGACCCGCUGCCUGGCCCUGGCCAUCGCGGACAUUGUGUGGCGGGCUGGAGGCCACAAGAGAGCCGUGGUCACACUGGCUUCGAGAACACAGCAGUUCAGUCCAACCGGGAAAUACAAAGCAGAUGGAGUCUUAGAAACACUCACACUCCACAGUCUGACCUGCUACGAGGAGCUGGUGACUUUUCUUCAACAGAGCGUCCAUCAGUUUGAAGCAGGCCCCUAUGGAUGUGUCCUGCUCACCCUGUCGGCCAUCCUGUCCAGGUCCACAGAGCUUGUCCGCCAGGACUUCGACGUCCCCACCAGCCACCUGAUUGGAGCACACGGAUACUGCACGCAGGAACUUGUCAAUCUGCUCCUGACCGGGAAAGCCGUGUCCAAUGUUUUCAACGACGUGGUUGAGCUCGAUUCCGGGAACGGGAACAUCACGCUCCUCAAAGGCAUCGCCGCACGCAGCGACAUCGGCUUCCUGUCCCUCUUUGAACACUACAGCGUGUGCCAGGACCUCAGUCACGUGGAUUGCGGACCCACCCUACCCCGCUAACCUCGCCUUGACUAAUUACAUCUGCAACAGCGCUAUUUCCAAAUAAGACCACAGUCUGAGGUACUGGGGGCUAGGACUUCAACAGAGCUUUUGGGGGGACACAGUUCAACCCAUAAUAGGCCUUACUCAGUCUGUUUGCAAGUGUAUUGGUCCCUCUACGUUUUCUCUCACUGCAGCCAGGGUCUUAGAGAGGGCCGGACCCCCAGCUGAAGCUGGGCACGGGGUAGGGUGACAGUAUCUCUGGGCAACAUGGGCAGGGGACCACCGGGCCCUGUGUCCUUGUCCCAACCUGCUGCUGAACCUUCUCUGAGCCUCGGUUUUCAUGUCUCCAGGGAAGACAUUGUUCUGUGGUCGAUUACAUGACCUGAGGGGUAGCAGGAGGUUCUUCUCUGGUGACCGGCCCAGCAAAGAUUCUUGGAGGGUCAGGAUGAGGCCCCAUUCAUCUUACAUCCCCAGAGCCAGGGAUGCAGAGACUGACCCAAAGGGAUACUCAGAGUAUGCUAGGUGGAUGGAUAUGCAGGGCGGUUCAGUUUCAUCACGCCCUUCCUGCGUGAUCACAUGUUCGGGUGGGCUGUCCCAUUGAACGCCGUUGUUCAGGUGGCCCCGUGCCCAGAUUCCGCCUCUGGGUGACACCCCACCCCCACGGACAGGAAGCAGCCCUGUGGGUUCCAAAGACUUGGGGAGAAAAGAGUGACAGUGACUCCUUCCCAGAUGUGCUGGUGUCAGGAGGGAGCCCAGGAGUGUAGCCACGUGGCCCGUGAGGAGCACCAGGAGCCCUGAGCAUCAGAUCCUGGGUGGGCUGUGAAGGCCUUCAGCCCGAAAUUCCACGGGCUGAGAGGUGACCUUGCCCGGGCUCGCGGAAUCCCCAGGUUUACCAUGAGCCCUGGUUUCACUCUCGUGUGGAGGGCAUUGGUCAAAAUGUCAACUGUUUUCCUUCGGUCUGUUGAGGGUAAUUGACGGGAACAGCAGUUGGGCGUCAUCCUGUCCUUGGAACAAAAUGCAGAUUGCACAAAUUCAGGUCCUACAAUGAUCCUUGAAUCCACAUAGACUCCCCCACCACCCCGCUCUGCUAUUGUUUGCUUCGUCGAAGACUGGGUGUUGUAUCUCCCUGCAGCGAGGGAUGGUUUGCUCCUCUGCCUUGGGACUGCAGCCUCGCUAAAGAAGGACCCCAGGGCCUCCUCUCCUACUCUCCAGAGCUCACUGAAGGCUGGGCCUCUGAAGGAGAAGGCAGAGGCUGGGCAGUUAGACAAAGCACUUUCCUUUCCUGUAACUCCAACCCGCUAUCCCUUUGGUCACUGAGUUGCUUGGGGCUUUCGUGAUUAGCCACGUCAGACAGAGAGGGAAUCCAAGGAGGUUUAGCCUCCAGGCCCAGACCUGGACCCAGAGCCGGGGCCGCCUCUCAGCCUGACCUGGUCUUCCACCUGGCAGUACAGACGUGGUCACUGGGGAAGAUCUGGUCUUUGGGGCCGCCUGGGCAUGGCAUCCACCGCGGGGCUGUUCUGAUAAGGCUGAAGGCUUUCUUUCAUGUAGACGGCAGAACCAGGCCCGCCUUCGCUCACAGCCCAUCUCCAGGCUUCUCAGUGCGGCCUCUGGCUGGGAGCCAGGGUUCUGGGGCCCUCACGAGUAUGUGUGUGGGAGGGUGAUAGGUCCUGCCUAUCAGCCAGCUUGUCAGGUGACCCACAUUCCGGCUGUGCCCCGGGGGAAGCAGAGGCAACUCUGGGCCAAGAAAUGCACCCCUGCCGUAAGUAAGCAGCCCCCCGCCCCAGCAUGGCUGUGUCCUACGGGACUCAGUCUGCCAUCGGUGACCCGCUGGGUUGGCCUCACCUUGCCCAUCCGACUUCCCCCUCACUCCCUCCACCCCAGAGCGCAAAGGGAGGAUGGGCUGCACUGCAGGCUGCAGUGGGGAGACCAGCCCCUCCUGGCUCGUGGUGGCAGUGGUGAUGGGGGACGGAGAGGCCAGGGGAGGACAGCAAGGCGCAGGGAGUUUAACUCCAGGGCUUCCCCAUUCAUUGCUGCCUUCAGGAAGGGACCUGGACAAAGGCUGAGCUUGGCAGAGAGAGCUCUGUAAGCACCACCCUCCUCCUCCCAUUUGUCCAGCUCUGCAAACAGCACCAUCUACCCAGUUGCUCAAACCAGGAGCGCAUUCAAUCCAUCAAGAGGUCGUGGGGCUCCUUCCCGAAGCUGUUUCUCAAGUCUGUCCACUUUCACCCUUAUCCGAGCCACCAGCAUCGCUGUUCGGGACACUUGUGAUGGCCCAGCUGGCCUCUGGCUCCUGUCCCCGCCUCCCUCCAAUCCUGUUCCUUCACUGAAGCCAGUGUGAUCUUUAAAAGAGUAGAGCAGUCACAUCAUUCCUUUGCUUAACAACCUUCUGUGCAUUCCCAGUCCUCUGAGAUUGUUAUGGGCUGAAUUGGGCCGUUUCCCCCCACUCCCCCGACCCAACAUUCAUUUACUAAAGUCCUAGCCCCCAGUACCUUGGAGUGUGACUGUAUUUGGAGACAAGACCAUUCAAGAGGUAAUUAAGGUAAAAGAAGGUCAUAUGGUUGGGCCCAAAUCCAGCGGACUGGUAUCCUUAGAAGAAGAGGUUAGGACACAGGCACACACAGAGGGAAGACCACAUCUACAAGCCAAGGAGAGGGGCCUCAGAAGGAACCAACCCUGCCGACAUCUUGAUCUGGGACAUCCAGCCCCCAGAACUGUGAGGAAAUAAAUUUCUGUCGUUUGAGUUGCCCGAUCUGUGGAACUUUGUUACUCAGCUCUAGCAAACUAAUACAGAGACUACAGUCCAGACCUUCCCAUGACCUUUAAGGCCCUGCGUCCUGUCCCUGCUUUUCCCUCCCUUCACGUUUUGACUUCACUGUCACUUCCUCAGGGAAGGCUUUCCUGACCUCAUCACUCUAUCUCAAUAGAGGUCUGCUCUCGUGGUCCCCUGCCCACCUUGUCAUCCUCCGUCGUAGAAUGUUAGUUCCUUCCUUCACAGGCCUCCUCCCGGUUUUACGCAUCCCAUUUCAUUGCUUUUGAGAUGCAAACGUGCCCCACAUUUGAACAUUUCUGAGUUUUUCACGCAGUCGAUGAUGUGUCGGGCCUUAAUUGCCAGCCUGCGUCCUUUCUUAGUGAUACAAAAAAGAACGGUGACUCCGAUGGCAUCUUAGAUUCAAUGAAAUGUGGUGCAAAUGUGUCUGUGUGAUUCUCUGUUUACUAUCUCCUCCUCCUUCAGCGGCUAACCCCAUGAGGACAGGCCGUUCCAGGGUACUUCACCACCGACCCAUCGUCUCACACGGUCCCUGGGACCAAAGUAUAACUCAUGUUGAAUGGAUGUUAUCCUUGGAGAUGACAGACUGCCGCUCUGCCAGCCAUCAAAUGUCGGUCCUUUUAAAUUAGGGCUUCGAAGCUGGCAGGCCAUGGUUGGGUGGGGGGCAUUCACACACCUCACUCCCGCAAAAGACCUUAAGAAUCCAGGUAAAAGUACGCGCUGACCCUUGAGCAGCACGGGCGUUAAUCUGUGUAUAAGUCACAGUCAGUCCUCCGUAUCCGCCGUUCUUCUGCAUCCGAUGAUUCAACCCACCAUGGACCGCGUAGUACUGUAGUCGUUACUGUUGAAAACUAUCCGUGUAUAAGUGAACCCACACGGUUCAAGCCCACGUUGUUCGAGGGUCACCUUAAUCCCUGAUUGUGCUGCACGUGCACCCGCCAGGAGAGAGGCUGUGCUGGAGGAAAUGUGCCCACCCACCCUCCUUCCUCACCCCGGGCCUUCGGUCAGCUACCCCAGAGUCCAAAGGAAGUGAAUUUCAUCUUUGGAAAAUGUCACCCAAUGGGGAGGGGCUCCUGAAUGAGAAAACUCAUUUAUAAACUCCCCGGGCAGCUUUUUUUUGCCCUUAAUCUUUUGACUGUUGCUUAAAUGGCAAGCUGCCCUUUUGUCCCUCUGCUGGAAAAUUCAGGGUGGCUGUUUCUGCAGACGCCUGUUCCUGGUGGGCUGCCUGGCUCUUUUUUCCUGCGGUGAAUGGGCACUGGCUUCCCAGUCUUCAGGGCUCCCUGUUCGAGGUGAUGCCCUCACCAGAAAAGCCUGGAAUUUUAACCUGGAAUGGAGGCCAAGUUUGUAGUGGGGUUUAGGCACGUCCAGCCACAUCGUUUAAGACAACUAAUUCCACCUCCCCCCCACCCCCGUUUCCACCAAGGAGCGAGUCACACUUUGAUGUUCACAGGGAGCUGGAGUGAGGGCCCAAGGGGCCAGGUGGAGGGGGCGGGUGGGGGACUUGGACAAUGAGACAGUGAACACUUCGUGAAGUUCACCCUGCUACCCUCUGUAGGAGGUUCACGAGCAAGCAUUUCCCCGGAGCACAGCCCCUUUGUCCGGGACACCCCAGCUCCAGAUGGGCUCUGAGAGGCCCGAGGAAGACUGGCCGGGCACUCGUCUGUGACGGGCCCCGGAGAAAGUAUGCCCAUCUCCCCACUGGAAAAAUAAUUCCCAUUCUUUCCUUAAUCCACAGGCUGUGGCUGUAAAUACCUGAGCAUGCAAACAUCUCCUUGGGGCUGGUGGGGAUUAGGCCGAAUCAGCCUGGCCCACUGCACGUACAGAAAUGAAUAAACUAGGGCCCGGGGUGGGGAGUCACAGGUGACAGCGAGAGAGCGCGUCGAGGUCUGGCCACCGAGGGGCAGACCAGCCAGGCGUCUGAGCAGGCCUUCGGAGGGCCCCGCCACGCCUCUCUCCUCUGCAGGCAGAACCACAGGAAGGCCCUGAUGCUGAUUCCAUGCAUCUGCCUUCUCCCAACACCCCUCUACCAUGCAAGUCCUCUGCUGGGAACUUUCCAAAGGGCUCCCUCCUCAGAAGGAAGUUCCAGCUCUUCGUCCUCCCCUUCCCGCGCUCUCUCCUGAUGCCCUGCGCUUUUCCUGAGUGUCUCUGGACAUUUGUUUUGGCAUCACCCACAGACUGCUCACCCGGAGGCCCCCCCUCCCUUCCCCCUGUGGCUCCAGCCCCACCUGUCUUCAAGCUAAAGUCCUAGCUCCAGUUCCGCUUCAUUCGCGAGGGCCUUCAGUCGUCAAACACUUGCGUAUGUUGACUUACACCCCCUGCUCUGGUCUAAGGGUGUAGUCCGUGCCAGAGGCAGGCGUAUGUGCUUAUGGUGAGGCAGAGUGAUGCACUGCGGCAGAGGAGGGUGGGUGCCUAGCACCUGGUACCUAGGACUAGAAGCGAGACAUGAUGCGUGCUCUCUGAUUGGGUAAUCUGGGCGAUGCAGGACCCCUAGGAGAGGAGAGGUGUACGGGGGAACAGUGAACGCACAGGCAUGAGGCUUGCCGUGCUGGAGUAGUUUGAGGACCGGUGAGAGGUUCUGUGUGGCUGUGGCUGGGGAGCGGAGGGUAUGGAAGAGCCGGCUAGGAGGUCAUUGCUUGGGGAGGAGAGGCUGGGCCUGGAGAACAGGGUGGGCAAGCACCACAUACCAGCUGGAUGUGGGAGAUGAAGGGGGGGGGCGACGCCCGGCUUUCAGGCCAGGGUAUCUCCAUGUGACUGUGGGGCAAAGGCCCUGCGAGCAGUGGGCUGAGCAGGCAGGGACAGCUCUGUGUCAGUGAGCCGCAGACGGGGCCCCAGCCUUACACAGGGUCUGGGAUCCCCAACGGGGCCUCGCUGAGGUCAGCCCGGGCCUGGGGUUGGACAGAAGAUGCUCUGGCCCGCUUCCCUGGGGAUGGCGCAUGGUAUUAGGUACCUCUGUCUGCUCCCUCUCCCUC